AUGCCUUUGGUGAGUGUAUGGACGUCAAAAGAAGGCCUGAAAGGGGAGGGGAGAAAAGAGGAAAGAAGACAGGCAGAGAGGAUAAUACAGUGCUGGGACGAGGAGAGCACAAGAAUCUUCGCUGGAAGAACGGAGGAGAUUAGACUGUCUGAAGGGGGUUUGCUGGAGAAAUGGGAGGAACUAAGAGGUAAGGUGAGUGAGGCGGUAGUAGAGAAGAAGGUCAGAUGGAGAAAAAGGAAACUAGGUUACAAGAAAUGGUGGGACAGAGAGUGCACCAGAAAAAAAAGAAAGGCAGAAAGAAAACUAAAGAAAUGGAGAAUAGGAGGUAGAAGCAAGGAAGCGGUGUUGCAGGUGAAAAGAGAGUUAGCGGAGCUCUGUGAGAAGAAGAGAGAAGAGUGGAGUAAAAAGGAAAUGGAGGAGUUGAAUGGAAUUAGGACGGAGUCAGAAGUUUGGAAAUAUAUCAACAAGGAAAGGAAGAUCAGGGACAAGGUGAGUGAAGAGAUAUCCACGGAGGGUUGGAGGCAGCAUUUCAUGGGUGUGUUAGAGGGGACAGAUGAAAGGAUUCUAAGGGAGGAAAGGAAAGAGGGUAACGACGAGGAAGAAAUUGAAAAACAAAUAAGGAGAUUGAGGAGGGGGAAAGCGGCAGGACCGGAUGGCAUAAAAAGUGAGGCCUGGAAGUUCUGCAGGGGACAGGUGAGAGAAAAGCUGAAGGAGGUGAUCAAGGGGGUGUGGAAAGGUGAAGGCUGGCCGGAUUUGAGAAUUACCCUACUAAGUACGGCCUAUAAGAUCUAUGCGGCGGUGCUGGCGGAGAGAGUGAUGAAGGAUGUGGUGGAGAAGCAGAUCCUUCCGGAGACCCAAGCUGGCUUCCGGAAGGGAAGAGGUGUAAUGGAUAACAUCUUCAUCCUGAACCACCUGGUCGACAGGAAGCUGAAUGGCGCCGGAAAGAAGGUGAAUGCCUUCUUUAUUGAUUUAAAGGGGGCCUUUGACAGGGUGGACAGGAGUGUGUUAUGGAGGGUGAUGGACGAGAGAGGGGGAGUGAGACAAGGAUGUCCUCUGAGCCCGCUGCUGUUCUCCGUUUUUACAUCAGAUCUGGAGGAGGAAUUGACCCGGGGGUUGGUAGGAGGCAUGAGAAUUGAGCAGGGCAGGAUUUGGACACUGGCCUAUGCGGAUGAUAUCGUUCUGCUGGCCAGAGAGGAGGAGGCGCUAGAGGAGAUGAUUAAGAGGCUGGAGAAGUACUUGAGGAAGAGGAAGCUAGAACUGAACGUGGAAAAAUCCAAGAUCUUGAAAUUCAGAAGGGGAGAGGGUGUGGAAAGAGAGAAAGACUGGCUCUGGAAAGGCCAGAGGAUCCAAGAGGUGAAGGAGUUUGAAUACCUGGGCUUCAUACUACAGAGAAAUGGAGGUCAUACGAAGCAUAUUAGGGAGAGGGUAAGAAGAGCAACGUCAGUGAUGAAGAAAACAUGGAUCUUGGGAGAAAGGAAGUUUGCGAAUGACUGGGGGAGGAGGAUGAUGUUGUUCGACAGCUUAGUAGACAGCAUGUUGGUAUAUGGGGCAGAAGUGUGGGGUUGGUUAGAGCAUGGUAACGUGGAAGGGGUGGAGGCACGGUAUCUGAGAUGGUCACUGGGCCUGGAGAGAAGCACAACAGGUUAUGUGGUCCUGGAGGAAACCAAGAGGGACAAGAUAAGGAUAAGAACAACCAAGUUGGCGGUGAACUUCGAAGAAAAGGCAAGACAAGGAUAUGGCCGGAGAAGAUGGGUGGUGGAAUGUAUUAAGGAAAGAGAGGGAAGAGGAACAUUGACAAAAGAGAGGUCAGAGAGAGAGGAAUACUUAAGUAGGUGUGGAGUACAAAAGGCGGAUCUGGAACAAUGGAGAGAACGGGGAAGGUGUGUGGCAGAAGAGCUAAGUAGUAAAGAUAGAAGGCGACAAAGGAAAGAGCAAGAGAUACUAAUUGAGGGGGCCAGAUACAAGAAACGAUACAGGAGGAUCAAGGUGGCUGGGCUCCCAGAAUACUUGAGGAGAAAAGGGGAGAGUGGUAGUCAUAAAAGGAGGGCGAGGGCUAGAUGUGGGAAUGAGGAGUUAGAAAACAGGUACUGGCUGCGAGAGGAGGAAAGGAACUGUAACAUAUGUGACAGGGAAGAGGGUACUCUGGAACAUCUGAUGAAACAAUGCGCAUGGAAAAGUACUAACAGAGUAGUGUUGGACGAUAUAAUAGGCGAGAAGGAAACAGAAGAAGGUCACAGAUGGCUUAAGGAGUGGUAG